AUGACUGUCACUUUUUAUGCCCGGCAUCGCCUGCGUGACACAGUGGCAAUUCGAAGAUUGAGCACAUUUGUUCAAGCACAUCAAAUCGAUGAUAUUCAUUCCUCAGAACUAGACCAAAGUACAUUGAAAAAGAGUCUUAAAUCAAUCAAAGACAAUACAGAAAGGGAAUUGAAAUCACAAUCAGAGAAAUUAACACUCCCAGUCAUUGAAAUUCGAGGACCAGAAUCAGUGAGAUACCUUAAAACUGCAGAAAUUACCAGCAAUAUUGAAUCUCCAAACGAAAUUCUACAAGCAGUUUGGCAGAAAGAAGGCAUAAAUGUUGACAUUUCUACCCGAAAAUAUCGUGGAAGCAUUGAAAAUGGAAUAAAUGCACAACUCGUCAUCAACAAAAUGGACACAGAUGAUGUUGCUAAUUAUAAUCUGAUAGUGAAAAAUGAAUCAGGGAUGGCAAGAAGCAAUACAGUAUAUCUAAAGAUUAAAGAAGGAAAGCCUAAAUGUGAAAUUUUGGGAGAAGCAUGCAGAAAGAUUUCAUUUGGAGGGUCCACAACUUUGCAAGGAAAGGUGAAAUCAUAUCCAAAGCCAGAAACGUCACAGUGGUUUAAAAUUAGAACUUUGAAAUCCAUAAAAUUAGAUAUAAAAUCUCAGAAGUACCAAGGGAGCAAAGAUCACCCACGGAAACCUUCUUUAUUGAUCAACGACAUAGAUUUUAGUGACUAUGGAAUAUACACACUUAAUGUUAAGAAUAAUAAAGGCACAACAAACAGCAAAGAAAUUAAACUUGAUAUUGAAGGAGGCUUACCUGUUGCUCAUAUAACGGAAGUAAAAGUUGCUCAACAGUUCUCAUGUCUUGCUGAAAUAUGCAGUAUUCCUGACCCACUGUAUGUAAAAUGGCAAAAGGUGGUCAAUAAUGAAGUGGAAAAUAUUAAAAUUACUUUACCGAAGUACAAAGGGAGUUCCGAGGAUCUGUCAAAGCCGAAACUGGUGGUUAAAGACCCCAAGCCAGCAGACACUGCCAAAUAUCACUUAAUCGUCUGCAACCCAGUCGGAUUAGGAAGAAGCAAGCAAAUUCCAUUGCAUGUGAAAACAAACUCAGUCUACUCGUCUUUGAAAGUCGAUCUAGAUUCAAAGGACAAAACGAAGAAAGAAGUUAGCACCCUCUUUUUGGAUAUUGUUUGUAAAACAUUGAAUUCCUUUUUGGAAGGAAUUCGAGACUUUUCAAAUCAGGAUAAGAUCAUGGAUUACUUGUCAAUGUAUGAAACGCUUGCCCAAAAUGUUGAACCAUCCACUUAUCCGGAAAUUCAAGAGGUUGUAGAUAAGACUGAUAGAAUGAUAGACAAAUGGAAAAAUGAGACUGACCCAUCUCAACACGGAGACUUGCUCAAGAAAUAUUAUUAUAUUGUUUGCAAAAUGAUGUCAACAUAUAACAUAACAAAAGGCAGAUGCAGUCGGGGCUCCAUUAACAUCGAGUUAGAGUUUCCUAACAGGGAAAGUUUUCUGAAAUUUAAAAAAGAUGUUAAAAAAGGCGACAUGAAAGGGAAGCUUACUGACAUUCUUCUUUUUCAACCCUUAAUGCAAAGUUUAGACUUGAAUUUGGAAUGA